UUAGCAACAAUCAUCUUGACAACCAACGAUUGGAAAGCUAUAAAUACUUAGAACUGCUGUCUUUGUUUUUAUUUUACUGUAUAUCGAGACUUAAGGGCCGUUGGAUGGGCAACAUCUAUUAUAAUUUGCAAAGACCUCGUUAUUUAGAAAGUUACUGAACAACUUACAUAUACGAAAAUAUAAGAUCCGAAUAUGGAUCCAAUGCCAUCAAAGAUAUCACAGAAAAGAAAGCCAUGGAUCGAAACUCCCCUGGUCGAGUCCGCAACACUCUCCAAAGCUGCUGGAUGCCGAGUCUUUCUAAAACUAGACGCUCUUCAGCCUUCUGGUAGUUUCAAAUCAAGAGGAAUUGGCAACUUCAUCCUCACCCAUCUCUCCGAUCCCUCUAACCAAGGGAAAGAGGUCCACUUCUACAUCUCUUCUGGAGGGAACGCCGGCUUGGCCGCUGUGAUUGCAGCACGCGAUCUCGGCUGUCCAUGCACAGUCGUAGUCCCCGUCACAACCAAGCCGCUGAUGAUCGAGAAACUGAAAGACGACGGGGCGGCAGACGUGAUUCAACACGGCGCCAGCUGGUCCGAAGCUGAUAGCUACCUUCGAGAGAGAUUCAUCAACACGAACACAUCUGUGUCGAAUGAUACUAAUGGAAGCAGGAUCACGAAUGUUUAUGUCCCUCCAUUUGAUCAUCCCUAUGUUUGGGAUGGUCAUGCCACACUGAUUCCCGAGCUAGUUACCCAAUUACCUCCUAGAGAGAAAAGUGAAGAGGGGGAUAACCGAUUCCCGGCAGACGUGAUUGUGUGCAGUGUCGGUGGGGGAGGGUUAUUCAAUGGCAUUAUCCAAGGUCUAGACGAGUAUUUAUCGAAACACCCUAUGAAGUCUAGUGAUGGCGCGAAACCGUUACAUGUCUUGGCUGUCGAAACACAAGGCGCAGACUCAUUAGCAUAUUCAUUGAAAAAGGGCACACUUGCUUCGUUGAGUACCAUCACGUCCAUAGCAUCAACGCUAGGCGCAGUGCAAGUCGCUCCACUGGCGUUUGAGAAUGCACGCUCGCCUCCAGAUGGAGUCAAUGUUACUAGUGUAGUUGCAUCGGAUGCCGAGGCAGUGAGAGGUGUGGUCACAUUUGCCGACAAGAUGCGCAUGCUUGUAGAACCGGCUUGCGGGGUUUCGGUGGAUGUGGCUAUGGGGCCACGGUUGAAGGAGGCAGUUGGGGAUCUGGGACCGAAUAGUCGGGUUGUGGUCAUUGUUUGUGGAGGGUCUAGUAUUAGUCCGGAGAUGGUGGCAGAGUAUCGCCAACGGCUUGAUGACGGAUGGGACGGCCAGUAAUGAGUUUUAUAUACUCGAUAAAGCUUCUAUAAAAUAUAGACUACUUAUGAAAGUUAAUUAGAAGAAUAU